AACAAGAGUCGUUUGAUAAGAAACGUACACGUGUAUUCGCGUGUUUGUUUCCUUUCUAACGGGUCCCUUUGCGACUCUUUGUAUCACCAAUCGUAUCGUAAGAUUGAUCAACAAAUCUAGAGACAGAAACACAGAAACGUAUAUAAACCACUGCAGAUUAGCAUCCUUUCGUUAGUUAUCGAGUAGAUAUCUAGAUAUUGUAAAUAUCUCAAGUUCUUCCGCUGAAUUGUCGAGGUUCGGACAUUAUUCCCCAAUUGAUAUUAAAGUAAAGUGCUCGUUAAUAUGUUCCCUCUGCCGCAACAUACCACUGAAGACUUAAGGACGUACUUUUUUGAAUAUAUGGGACCAUCGUUUCCUGAAAAAUUUAAUUGUUAUUUCAAUCCGAAUAUUUGUCACGUUUGCAAAUGGAUAAACAUAAGGAUAACGUGUAAUCGGUGUCACAUGAUUUCGUACUGCUGCGAGGUACACCAAACAAUUCACGAGGAGCAACACGCUGACAUCUGCGGAUACUUAGAAUUGUUCCUAGACGAGGACGAACGCUGGGCUGGGAAACCAUGGACCGAUGAUCUUUUGUUGGUUAAGGAUUAUAAUUAUUCCGUACUUCUGUCAGAACCGAUGACGAUCUACUACGGAAUGGAGGAUGCAAAUUGGAUACGGAAAUUGUUGAAACCUGUCUGUAUUGUUCAUGUCAUCUUCUCAAUUCCUAUGGCUGGAACCGAGGUGUUAGUUUGGGAGAUUCUCUUGCAUUUGUUGUUUUCCAGAGUGCAGCGAUUAGUAAUCGUAUUUAUAGAACAAGAUACGUCGAUUGCCAUUGGUGAAGUUGAACUGUGCGAAAGGUGCAAGGCACAUGAAAAGCGUAUUGACUUUGAGAGAACCUCUUUAGCGUACGAAGAGUAUAUUUCCGGUAUGGAAUAUGAGCGCCCGAACAUAAUUGUAAUGUUUCAAGCAAGAGUUACUAAAUUCACAAGGGCGUUCGUAAUGGAAGCGAAGCAUCAGCGUUGUCCGUUACUUAUUACUACAGAAUCUGAAGAGAAAUCGGACCAGAUAUUGCGCACAAUUCAUCGAGCUUUGGAUGCUGGGAAUGCUAGACUCUCUAUUUAUCAAGGAGAAAAUAGAUUCAGAAGUUUCGUACCAAUUAAAGCUUUUAGGAAUGAAGGUGUGACUUAUUAUAAUCGUUAUUUAGUAAUACUCGAGGAUUUGGGGGAUCCAGACAUUUUAGACCUUAUAGAGCAUAUUAGCGCUAAUAGAAGACCUAUUGGUAGAUAUUAGAUCUUGUUUAUAACUGUUAUCAACACUUCGAUACUGUCAUGGUCAAGCCAUGUGCAAGAUCGACUUCUGAGACCGAACUUGACCAAACUUGAAAAUUUAAUCAAGAAUGCAAAAAUUUUUAUUAUAUUUUAUAUGUAACUUUAUAGUCAUUUCUUGCCGAGCAGUUACUCGAAUAUAGGAUAUCGUUUUCAAGUAUUCCAGACUUUGAAAAAUUUUAGAUAUAAGAGAACUUGAACAUUUUUACAUAUUGUAGGAUUGAAAGGCAUAUUUUUAACAGUUUUACCACAAUAUAUUUAAGGUAUUUGUCUUUCGUUAUACACUUCAUCUCUCUUCGUGAUAUUCGCUUAACAACGGAUAUUUUUUUACUUAUGUAUUGCCAUUUACAUGCCAGAUUGUAUCAUCAAUUUAUACAAAACAUACAAAGCUAUAUGUGUAAACAUAUAUUUCUUAAACUAUCGAGUUAGAGUGUCUCUUGGACAAUGUUGCCAAGUCAACAUCUCUGUAUACACAACGUGUAAUAAAUUUGACCUCAAGAUUGUCAAGGUUGUCGUUUCACAUUUUAUAUAUAA